GUGAAAGCGGAAAGUUUCUGCAUGUUGCGGUUGUCUUUUGUUACCUUCGUACCUGAGAGCUUUGAUUAUUCUGAGUGCUUAUAGAAUUCAGCUGUGUAAGGAUCGUCUUGUGGAAUAGAUUGACGAAUGCAGGCAGACGAGAACGAGAAGGUCGAAGUAUAAUUAACGAAGAUGAGGAGUAGAAGCAAUUCUGGCGUUCGUCUCGAUUAUUACCAUCGUAUAGUGUACCGCACUAUCCUCAAGUACCAGGAUGCUGUCACAGGCCUUCUUCCAACAAAUAAAGAAAAUGAACACGCAUGGGUGCGAGACAACUUGUACUCCAUGUUUGCGGUAUGGGGAUUGUCUAUGGCAUACAAGAAAAAUGCUGAUUUAGAUGAAGAUCGUGCCAAAACUUAUGAGCUUGAGCAGAGCUGUGUGAAGCUGAUGCGGGGUCUUCUGACGGCAAUGAUGCAACAGAAGGAAAAGGUUGAAAAGUUCAAGCAGACACAGGCACCAAUUGAUUCUUUACAUGCAAAAUACUCUUCCAAAACAGGCUUAAUGGUAGUUGGAGAUGGAGAAUGGGGUCAUCUUCAGAUUGAUGCAACAUCUCUAUUUUUGCUUGUGCUGGCUCAGAUGACAGCUUCUGGCUUGCAGAUUGUCUUCAAUCUAGAUGAAGUCUCAUUUAUACAGAAUCUGGUUUUUUACAUCGAGUCCGCAUACUGCAUUCCUGAUUAUGGAAUUUGGGAGCGUGGUGACAAGACCAACCAUGGCUUGCCAGAGCUCAAUGCAUCAAGUAUAGGCCUGGCAAAGGCUGCUCUAGAAGCCAUGAAUGAAUUAGAUCUGUUUGGAGCAAGAGGAGGUCCAGCAAGUGUUAUUCAUGUAUUAGCUGAUGAAGCUCAAAAAUGUCAAGCAGUUUUGCAGUCCAUGUUACCUCGUGAGAGCAACAGCAAAGAAGUAGACAGUGGCCUUCUUUCUGUCAUUGGCUUUCCAGCAUUUGCAGUUGAUGACCCUCUCCUCAUCAGAAGCACAAAGGCAACUAUUGUUGAUAAAUUACAAGGAAAAUAUGGUUGCAAAAGAUUCCUCAGGGAUGGUUACAAAACAGCCAAGGAAGAUGCAAAUCGAUUAUACUAUGAGCCUUGGGAACUGAAAGUCUUUGAGAAAAUUGAAUGUGAAUGGCCACUGUUUUUCUGUUACCUCGUCUUGUACUAUUGCUUCCAAGGUGAUGAAGAAGGCGUAAAGCAAUACUCGGAGAAGCUUGAAGAGUUGUGUGUUACAACUGAAGAUGGAUUGAGGUUAAUACCUGAAAUAUAUACAGUCCCAGAGGAAAGUGUAGAAGCUGAAUAUCAGAAUCCUGGUUCUCAGGAACGAAAGGCCUGUGGAAAAUUGCCCUUCAUGUGGGCUCAGUCUUUGUACAUUCUAGGGAGACUUCUACAGGAUAAAUUUUUGGCCUGUGGUGAACUUGACCCUCUUAAUCGUCGCUUAGGAAGUGAAAAGAAACCUGAUGUUGUUGUGCAGGUAGUGGUUCUUGCAGAAGAUUCAUCAAUUCAGAGCAAGUUAGCAGCUCUUGAUAUACAUGUACAAACUAUAUCAGAAGUAUCUCCAAUUGAGGUGCAGCCAGCAAGAGUCCUUUCUAAACUGUAUGCUCAUCUUGGACGCAACCAAAAAUUAGGUCUUUCAGGACGACAGAGUAGGGAUGUUGGUAUUCUCUCCACUAGUAAACUGUAUUCUCUCCAGGACAGAAUCUUUGCAUUCACACCACAGUAUUUAGAUAAUGAAGAAAGUUACCUGAACAAUGAUGCGGACCUUACGGUGUUCAUCUUUAGUGUGGGACUGGCAUAUUUGGCAUCAACCUGGAAAUAUCUUGGCAGGCCCACUGUCUGUUUCAGGAUGGCAUCAAACUACCUUGAUGAGGAUGGAAAAAUACCAACUGCAAUGAUCUCAACCCUAAAGAAACUGAAGAGUGGCUACAUCAAUGGCACAAGGGUUUCACUUGGCAAGAUGCAGGAAUUCCUCAACACAUCUUGUAUUACUAGUUUAAACUUCCUUCAUGAUACAGAAGCUGGAUACCCAGACAGUCUUAAGGCAGAUGUCAAAGAAUACUUAGAGAAGCAGAUGAGAGGCUCCUUAUCCUGGAAGAGAGCUGACUUGGUCCGCAUGUCAAACAGUGGCACCGCCAUCGGACACAGUAUUCUGACGCUUUGGAGCCAUGAUGAAUUCACAAAGCAAAUGCUAAGGCGACAAACAAAGUAUCAAGCAGCGAGUCACCCUCUCUCAAUGAAAGAGAACACGUUUAAGGAAAAAAGUGUAAGGGACCCUGCACGCCGUAAGAUAUCUGUCAGGGGUAGUAUUCGCAAGUCUAGAACAGUGUUGACUGAAGAUGAAAGAGGACGAAGGUCUUCUCUGUUUAUUACCCUAGAAGUACCUUCUCAGUUGUCAUCUCGACGAGGAUCCACUGUUACAUCCCCUACUUACGAACUUGGCCCUCCCAGCUUGGAAGUCUCUUGCCCAACAACCCCAACACGCACAACUCCUCCUCUCACAUCACGGUCUCGAUCACCUUCCCCUGAAAGGGAGGAUCUGUGGGAGACAAUGGUCAGACACAGAGUGGCCUCUGAUGCCGUCUAUGAAAACGUGGAAUUAGAAGAGUUACUUCUACAGAUGAGAGAGGCUGAGACUUUGGAGGAACAAGGAGACAUCCUCCACUAUCUGGUGGUUCAGUUUGGUCUGGGCCAUGAGACUGGUUCAGUCAUUGAAGGUCAAGCUGUAACUGUGAAGGAUUUGCUGAAGGAUCUGUAUGAAAGGGCUUGUCACAUCAAGCAUUGGGCUCUAGUUAGACAUACUGCAGGUAUGCUUGGCAAGAGGGUUGAAGACUUAGCUAAAGCAGUGACAGAUCUGUUAGUACGUCAGAAGCAGGUGACGGUUGGUUUACCACCCCAUAAUGAAGUAACCAUCACAGCUCCUCUACCUGCUUCUGAACUAAGAGUGCUCAUUCAUCGGGCCUAUGGUGCAGAUGAGUCAACAGCAAUGUUGACACAAGAGUUAUUAGUGUACUUGGCCAUGUUUAUACGCACAGAGCCAAGCCUCUUCCAUGAGAUGUUGAGGUUGAGGGUGGGACUCAUCAUACAGGUGAUGGCAUCCGAGUUGGCUCGUACUAUCAAGUGUGCCCCAGAUGUGGCUUCAGAUCACCUCCUGAACCUUUCUCCAUUUGAAAUGAAGAAUCUUCUGCAUCACAUAAUGUCUGGAAAGGAAUUCAAUAUUGGAUCAGUCUUACAAAAACGUGCUGGGAUGUUGGCAAAUGCUCGCAGUGGAACCUUCUUCAUUAGCAGUCGGUCUUCAAAACUUAGCAAGGGGGGUUUGCAUGCUGAGAAGAAAAGCACAAUUGGUAGCUUCCUGGGUACUGGUAAUGUAGAAGGAGAAGCACGUGAUACAGAGAGUGAUCGUCAUGGGCAGUGGCUGAGACGACGUCGUCUAGAUGGAGCAUUGAAUCGCGUCCCUCGUAAUUUCUAUCCACGCAUCUGGAAAAUUUUGGAAAAGUGCCGAGGUAUAAACAUUGAGGGUAAAGUGAUACCUCAGAGUCUAACACAAGAGAUGACAGCAGGAGAGCUGAAGUUUGCACUUGAGGUGGAGACUGUGCUGAAUACAAUUCCUCAGCCUGAAUACAGGCAGCUGGUUGUUGAGGCUUUGAUGGUGCUGUCUAUGGUGCGAGAAUACUACGUUUCUGAUUAUAUGGGAGACAUCGUUUCGGCUCAAGAUAUUGUUCACUUGGCUAAUAAUAUCUUUUUACAAGAUCAGAAACAACAAGAUGGAGAUGCCACCACUUGCUGUGCAAGAGAUAAACGUGAACCUGGCAUUGGAGGAGGAUUGGCCUGCGGUGGAUCAGCCUAUAUUUGCCAGCAUUUCUAUGACAGUGCUCCAUCAGGAAGUUUUGGAACUAUGUCAUAUAUGGUCAGAGCUGUUGCCAUUACACUUAAUUGUUUCCCCCAAGAAGGGGAAAUAGAUUGUUCAGUUAGUUGAAUUAAUUGUUUUGAAAUUUCAGUCUAUUGAGGCAGUAUUAGGUAGCUUUAAGUUGUGUAUAAAUAUUUUUGACGUGUUCGACCUUUUAAUUAUACAGGUAUUUAUUUUAAGUAAUUUACUUUUACAGAUAUUUAAGACAGUAGUUUAAACUUGCAGAGUUUGUGCAAUACAUUUUAAUAAGAUUGAUCUGUUAUAGUAAUUUUCCUUUCAUUUAUAUGAUCAAUUGAAAGAGUAGAAUGUUUGUUGUGAUUUUAUAAUUGUUGGAGGACCUUUAACUAUUCAGAUUAUUUAUUAAGCAUUAAAAUGAUCAUGGUAUUGAAAUGUUAAUAUUUCAUAGAAAUAAGAUUUACUUGGUCAGUGUAUUAUUUAAGCUUUUGUUGGAUUGGGAAAAGGAUAGUCUCACAUCUGAUCUCAAUUGCGUCCAAGCUAUGAGCUACACACAUUAAUCACAUCAUUGUUAUCCAUCAUAUUCAUAAAAGGUGCUGCCUUUUUAUACAUGUUCUUGAGAGAUUAUAAAGAUAUGUAUCGCCCAUAUAUACUACUAAGCAAUGUGUUACAGUGGAUGUGUAAAUUUCAGUGAAAUUCAGUGUACAGUAUACUUAUAAAUGGGUAGCUUAUGAUCUACUAAAUUUUUGUCACACUGGAGUUGCUAAAUAAAUCUUGCAGUAGCAGAUAUGUAUUGAAGCAAAUAUUUGAGGUUACGUUGAGUGACUUUAACAUCAUAAGGAAUGAUUUUUCUCAUAAGGAAUGAUUUUUCUAUCUUGAAAGGUACUAAUGACUAGUUUUCAUUGUUUCUUUAACAAAUAAGGAAUCUUAAAAAUGUAUCAUUCCCUUCUCUUCCUCAAUAGAAUGUUUCAUUUUUGUUAAGUCUUCAAUAGAUUUCAUCACUGAUGUCAACUGCAUUUUCUUUAGUACAUCAGUCUUAAUGGAUCUACAACUAAUUAGUUUAAAACACUUUCUGAAUAUUGUUUUCCUUUACCUACAAUUAUUUCCAAUAUAUAUGUUGACUACAAAGUCUGUUGAUUGAAACAAAGCUAAAAUUUAAAAUUUACUGCUGGCAGUUACAUUACAUAUAGUACAUAUAUUUUCAUAGAAAACUGCAAAAGCUCCUUCAUUAGCUUAGUUUUCACAGUAGUGUCUGAAAAAGAAAGAUAUUCCAUUAGUAUAGAAAUAAUGAUUAUGAAAGUACAUAAUACUUAUAUAAAUUUGUCAUGUAUAAGGUCAAGCUGUACAUCUUCAAGUAUAAGCCCAACUUAUGUUGCUGUGAAGUUUUCCAUAAAAUAAUCUAGAAUACUACACUGAUAGCUUUUAGCCAGAGGUCAUCAUUUACCAUUAAAUCUGAGUUUUAUUGACCAACAUUGAGUGGAUAUGUAUAUUCUUAAUUCUCUGUCUUGUUAUUUAUUCCUUACCCUGCAUGUGACUUUAGUUGACCACCGUAAUGUGGUAGAAAAGUCAAGGCAUUACAACUUUCUCAUAAAUUAUUCUGUGUUAUAGGUGCAACUUCAUGCAAAUAUCCCAGGACAUGAACCAUUUCUUGUGUUAAAACCAGGCCCCUAAUUUGUGCUUUAUAAUCUUGUAAUAGUGUAACAUCCUGCCACUUAAAAUAUAUAUAGUUGUCUUGUUAUAUAUACAGUAAUUACCAACCAAGUACAUAAUGUAAUUUAAUUAGCUGUUGCAUCUAUCAGAAACUAAGUGACCACCUUGCCCUCAUUUUUUGUGCAAUUCAGCCUUUUCAGAAAUUUUAUAACAAAAAAAAAGGUUGUCAGGUCUACUGUGAGUAAUAUGUAAUGCUAAAAUGUCACAUAUGGUUUUUUAAUUUUAGAUUUAUAUACUAGGCUACUGAUAAGAACCUUAUACAUUUACAAGAAUAAUUUUACUAGAUUACUUUGGCAAGGUCAAGUAGUUAUCAUCCAAAAUUAUCAUCUGUAAUAUCCUUUUAAUAAAAAGAAAUUCCUCCCUAUUAAGUACACCAAUAUGUUUAAUGUAAAAGAAAUUUGCUAACUCUAUAUAUUACUCUAUAUCUUUAGUUGUACAAGAAAGUAUUGUACAUUCAUUCUUCUCAGAUGUGCCAUAGCAUGCAAGCAAUUUUUAGUUGUUUAUAUUUCAAACGUAUAUGAUCCAUUGAAGUUUAUAUUUCAAACGAAUUUCAUACGUAUAUGAUCCAUUGAAAAUUAAGCUUUCAAGUUUUAGCAAGUUUUUAGCAUGAAGUGUGAUGAUGCAUGGUGCCAAAUAUCAAAAUUUCUUUUAUGUUGUACCCUACAAUCCAUUGAUUGUCAACCAGGAAUUUUCAAUAUAAUCCAAAAUAAAAAAUUUUAUUUAUGGUCUUUGCCUCAGGAGCAUUUCAUGCCAAAGGCGGUAUUUAUAAGUUUUAUGUAACAGUUGUUCAUGUUAGAAAGAAAGCACAUUGCAAUAUCUUGAAAGAGUAUAUUUUAUAUGUUGUUCUUGUAUAUAUUUAAUGUUUCCACCGCUUAUUCAGUGCAAAAUUAUCAGAAUGUUUAAGGUUUUCUGUUAAAACUCUUUUAAAUUUUAUAACUAAUUUAGCAUAAAACUUACAAAUGCACAAAGAAAGAAAACACUACCUAAAUCGAAGUGUCAUAUGUCAGCUUUAAAAUAUUAACCAUGUUCCCAUUCACGUCACAUGGCUGUGAAAUAUAUUAAUCAUUACUAUGACCAAAUAUAAGUAGUACCAAAAAACUCCUUCAAAUUACAAAAAACAUUUAACGGAGAAUGUUCUUUAGUAGCCAUUUUUAAUCAAAUUAAAAUAAUUAUCAAUUAUAACAGUAAUAUUGAGCUCAUUGCUGUGCUGGGAUGAAUGUCAAAUGAGCUAACAUUUUGUCCUUCAGACUGAAUGCAACUCAUUAAAUUUGAAAUGAAUUCCUUUCAUUUUUGUGUUUUGAAUGAUAUUUUAUCACACAGUCUUACGAAAUAUGACGGCUUUUAGUUGUAAUGUAUGUAACAAAUGAGACUAAAGAUGAAGAUGAAAACAAAAAUUGAAACUGGAUAAAAUAAGGUUCAUAGCUUUUUAUGUAUUUUAGAAAUAAGUUCCUUUUAAAGUUUUGGAAACUUUUCAAAACACCAUAGCCAUGGUGAACUCUCGAUGACUGUAUAAAUGGCAUACAGCAACAUACUACAAAGUAGGUUGUAUAAAGGGCAUACAGUAAUGUACUACAAAGUAGGAUGAUACUGUAUUAAACUGUUAGGAAUUUGAGUUAUUUAGCAUUUCUCAGAAGAAAGACUUAUGACUAGGCUGUUAUAAAUGACUAUAUGCAGACCUCUGUUCUCGUGCAGUUUUUUUUUUUUUCACUGUCCAUGACAUAUUUAUGAUGAUUUCCAAAGUGGUAACUUUUUUUUUCAAAAGGGCAAAGUAAAGUUGGUUUCAUAAGCUGAUAAUGAAUAAAGUGUUUUUUUGAACAAUAGCUAAUAGAACUUGAAGUUUUUUAGCACUUUAGUAUUGUAUUUUAGGAAAACUCUUCCCUAUUAUAUUCAUUGUAUGCUUCCACUACACAGUGAUUACUUGUUACCAGUCACUUAGCCAGCAAUGAAACAUUUAAUAAUGGAAUUUAUACUUGUACUCAAAGUUUUUAUAUUACAAUUUUUAGAUAGAAAGUAGGCAAGCUACAGAGUUCCAUGGAACCUAUUACUAAAAAAAAUUUGGAAUGAAGUAAGAGUUGCAUUUUUCCAGGGAAUGAAGUAAAAGUUUAAUUUUUCCAGACAUCAAAAUAUCCUGUAUCAAAGCAGGAAUGAUGGAUUUAUAAAACAGCUCUGAUUUUUUCUAAUAUCCUUCCAGAUGGCAUAUAAUAUAGACAAUUGGCAGUCCAACAUGAAAUAAAAAUUUGACCUCAAUGGAAAUACAACCUAAAACCAUAUUUUUCAGUUCCUUGAAAAAUUUCAGUUUGUUCUGCUUAUUUUUUAAAUCAAAUCACUACUGAUCAGUAGUACUUCAAGCAGAAAGUAUAAGAAUUCAGUGUUCAUAUUGAUAAUAUAUAAGAAGCAAAAAUGGGAUUUAGUAUUCUGUUUAAGUCUGAUAAUUAGGACAAACCAAACUUGUCACAGGAAUUGAAAGCUGUUAAAACCAAAAAAAUCCAACAUUUUGGAAUUCCUUAAUAGUGCUGAAAUAAGUUCUUUGUUCCACUGCUGGUUCAGAAAUUGGUUUUUUGUUCCACUGCUGGUUCAGAGUACAUUGUAACGUUAAGGACAACAGUGCGUAACAUGAUCUUAUUUCAUUCUGAAAUAUCAAUUCAAAUCAUAUCAUAAACUUCUGAAAAAUCAGUUCAAAUCAAAUCAUGCAUAUAUUGUAUAGAAGGCCAAACUGCUAGAAUCCACAACUGCCAAACAUAUGCCUGUUACUUCAAGACUUCAAAAGUAGUUUUUCCCUUCAUUCCCUUGUUGGUUACUGUCAGACUUAAAAAGGUUACUAUUUUGUAAAAAACCAUUAAACACUUGUUAACUUAGUCACAAUGUGACUAACAGACAGUUGUAAACUUAGCUGGGAAAUCAACCAUAACCAUUUUCUAAUUUAAAUGAUCAAAAUUACAAGCUACAAAAAAAGAACUGGAUAUUCUUUCAUAACAAAACCUAGGUACUGUUUACUAUAUUUACUGAUCAGUGUUAUGGGUCAGUAUUUGAUAUGUAUAAUUGUAAUCUAAGCCUUGUUAAAAGUGUUUAUGGAAUGAUAAAUUUGGAAAAUUUUGUUUCAUGCAUACUAAAAUAGUGUUUAUUGUGUUAGAAGAUUGUAACUUCAACAUUGUGAAAUGUAAUCUGAAUUUUUUUCUUUUUUGUUGCACUUAAAACAAAAGCCUGAAAUCA